UAUCCGAGUCCUGAAUGGGAUACAGUUACUCCCGAAGCGAAGAAUCUCAUCGAUAAUAUGUUGACGGUCAAUCCGAAGAAGCGAAUAACCGCAGAACAAGCACUGAAAGUUCCUUGGAUCUGCAAUCGUGAACGUGUUGCUUCAGUAAUGCAUCGCCAGGAUACAGUGGACUGCCUGAAGAAAUUCAAUGCUAGGCGAAAAUUGAAGGUAUUUCUUUUCGAAAUAUAUUGUAACUAA